AUGUCUGCAGUUCCAGAACCCAUUCUCCAAGCCCUUUCCCUCUCCAAAGCCACCCUGUCCACCUCAGGCCUGGGCUCCGGCUUCACGAGCACCGGAACAAUCCAUGCUCAAGUCCCCUCCACUGGCCCCCAGGAGCGCCAAUACUUUGUAAAAACAUCUUCAAAUGGCACCGCCGCCGAAGAAAUGUUCACCGGAGAAUCAGAAUCUCUGAACGCAAUCGCAGCCUCCGUCCCCGGCUUUUGUCCCAAAGCCUUGGCCCACGGCGCGCUGGACCAAAAGACCCACUUCCUAGCCACUGAAUAUCUUGAUCUCAGAAUCCGAGGCAAGUCCACAGGCCAAGAAACACUCGCUCAGCGAUUGGGUAAACUGCACAGCACGCCUGCGCCUCCCGAUCCAGAGACCGGACGCGCACGGUUCGGGUUCCCCGUGCCGACAUUCUGCGGGGAUACGAAGCAGCCGAACCGGUUUUGCGAUAGCUGGGCUGAUUUCUACGCCAACGAGCGUCUUCUGACGGUUCUUGCUACAUCUGAAGAGCGAAACGGACGCGACAAAGGAUUGCGGGAGGCCGUUGAGAAAACGGCUGGUGUGGUUGUGCCGCGAUUGCUCGGGGAUAGACAUUUGGGGUAUAAAGAUGGCGUGGGAGAGGGCGUCACGCCGGUGGUGAUCCAUGGGGAUCUGUGGAGUGGGAAUGCGUCUCGGGGACGGAUCGUUGGGGAAGAACCCGGGGAUGUGGUUUAUGAUCCUUCGGCUUGUUAUGGACACAGUGAGUUUGAGCUGGGGAUUAUGAACAUGUUCGGCGGGUUUGGAGGGAAAUUUUUCGAGGAAUAUCAUGCUAUCGUGCCGAAGACUGAACCGGUGGCGGAGUACAGGGAUCGGGUUGAGCUGUAUGAACUAUAUCACCACUUGAACCACCAUGCCAUUUUUGGAGGUGGGUAUCGGUCUGGCGCGAUGACAAUCAUGGAAGGCCUCCUUCGGAAGCAUGGGAGAGAGUAG